GAACAAGCACGGAGCCUUUGCUUCCUGCCUCUGAAGUCUAUCGCAGCGAAAUACGAUCGCACGACAACCGACAUGACCGAUAGUCCGGGCAGCCAGCGCCAUGACGCUCGGAUCAACGGUAUCGCCAACACAGAAACGUCGAUGUCAGCUCGUGGUCUGUCGACCCGGACGCUGCCGGAUAUCUGCUUUGAGCUUCAGGCCAAGGUCGACGCUUUCCUCUCCGCAGCGACGGACGACGAUGCAUUGCGCAAGGUGCAAAACCAGGUCAGGGUGUCAAUGGAUGUGAUUCGGGAGGCGCUGCGCCGGUACGGGCCUGAUCAUCUCUCGCUCUCAUACAACGGCGGAAAGGACUGUCUCGUCCUCUUGGUGCUGAUACUAGCUUGCCUGCCUGGGUGGACCUCGCAGCCGCCACCUCCCGACCACUGGGAUCUAGGAAUCACGACUUCCGAGCGCAACCGUUCCUCGACCGCCGCAACUUCCAGCCGGCCUCUUCAGGCGAUAUAUAUAGUCUCCCAGCAUCCGUUUCCCGAGGUGGAGGAUUUCGUGGCCAAAUCAGCGGAAACAUACCACCUCGAUCUCAAGCGGUACGCCCUGCCCAUGCGGCCGGCUCUCGAGGCAUACUUGGAGGACCGGCCAGCUGUCAAGGCGAUUUUCUUGGGCACACGGCGCACGGAUCCGCAUGGCGAGUUCCUCACACACUUUGACCCGACGGACGAUGGCUGGCCACGAUUUAUGCGCGUCCACCCCGUCAUUGACUGGCAUUACGUUGAAAUCUGGGCAUUCAUCCGCCACCUCCAAAUUCCUUUUUGCGAACUGUACAACCGAGGCUUCACCUCCCUAGGAGGUGUGACCGACACUCGUCCCAAUCCGGCGCUCGCAGUGGGCGGAGACAACUCGAAAUUCCGGCCCGCGUAUGAGCUUAAAGAUGAUGACGAAGAACGCCUUGGCCGAGAUUGACAGGAGGGUCAUUCAGCCUUCUGCGGGUCGGCCCGCUUGCCGCCACAUGAGGGCCGCUCGUCGUUCAGCGAACAGACCUAGCGCGUCCGUUGUAUGUCAGUUUUGGGGGGGAGAAGCCGUCAACUGCGGCUCCAUUGUGGGACGGCGGACUCGCUUGAUACAAACAUUUAACCCGGAUGGCGUUGCUCGUGAUUUCCGUUGUCUCAUUCUUCUCUGUGGCUCUCUCGACAGAGUUGAUGGUGCCACCACCACAGGGCAGCCGCGAUCAAACGGGGCAGAUGUCGCAUGGGGCCAUUGCAUAGAAGCUGCGCAUUCGAGGUAGGCAUACUGAAGAAGCCUGGGUUGCACGACUAGAUAGAGGAAAAAAGGGCCUGUCAUUCAUCU